AUGAGUCUUCUUGCCCUCCGGGACCUGGCCCGGCCUGGCAUUGCCCUCCCCGACCUGGCCCGGCCUGGCCUUGCCCUCCGGGACCUGGCCCGGCCUGGCAUUGCCCUCCCCGACCUGGCCCGGCCUGGCCUUGCCCUCCGGGACCUGGCCCGGCCUGGCAUUGCCCUCCCCGACCUGGCCCGGCCUGGCCUUGCCCUCCGGGACCUGGCCCGGCCUGGCAUUGCCCUCCCCGACCUGGCCCGGCCUGGCCUUGCCCUCCGGGGUCUGGCCCUGCCCAGCCUGGUCCGGCCUGUCCUUGCCUUCUGA